GUCCACGUAAGUCGCCUGAGAAGCGUAAUGUGCAGAAGGCGACUGAAAAGCGGGGUGUCUACGCCAGAGAAAGGGGCAGCCAGGGCUACACCAGAGAAAGGGACAGCCAGGGCUACACCAGGGAAGGCCAGGGCUACACCAGAGAAGGCGACAGCCAGGGCGACCCCAAUCAAGCGCCAAGUGCUACAGACUGGAGCCCGUUUACCACCAGCGUCGGAAACUUCCAGUCCGCUGAAAGCGCAGAAAGGUGUCGGUGCAUGUAACUCACCUGGGAAGCGUACCGUGCCACAGAAGACGACUGAGUGUCGAGGUGUCACAACACCCGAGAAGAUGCCAUCCAGGGUAUCCAAGGGGUCUCCAAGCAAGCGUGACGCGGUGCAGACUGGUGAGAGAAGGACCCCAUCUAAAUUGUCUGGGAAAGAGAGAGGAACACCGAAGAAGUCUCAGAAGAGUGCUCCAACUCCCCAAAAAAGUACAAAAUCAGUGACUCCACAAAAGAGACAGGCGUCACCUACUUACCAAAUGGAGUCUGACAGCAGUUCGUUUAGCUGCAGUCAGAGUAAGAGACCGAAGCAGAGUCAGAUCACCAAAUUUGUGACGAGCUUCUCUGAGAAAGAGAUUGAUCAGCAUUGUGACGAGGUGGACAGAGAGAUUCUUGCGAUGGAACUCAGCGAUACGCCGGCUAGGAGUGCUUCUCCGGCCACGUCAGAUACCAGUUUCGAUACGCCGUUUAAGUUGCCUCUCAGGCGGAGUGCAUUAAGCUCGACAUCAAGUCCAUUUCUGCCCAUGAGUCCAUCAUUCCAUGCAGCUCUGAAGUCGAUUGAUGGCCAGAUUAAAGAAAUAGCCAGGCAGCUUCAAGCUCUGGACAAAAUGGGCACCAAUAUCGGGAAGAUAAUGACAUGUGUGCUGCCUCCGCUGGAGACGAAUAUAGCGGAGGACAUCCCUGAGCUGCCUUUAUCUGAUAAGAAUGGCGAAAAGGCAAUGAACGAACUGCUUUUGAGAGACAAGGGCGAAUUUAACAAAGUUGUUACGUUCCUAUACGGACUGGGGGGUACAAAUGCAAAAGAUGCGGUGUACUCUGUGCUAAAGACACUUUUCACUGAUCAGUUUGCCUCUUCGAAGAGCAUGAAGGGAAUACGCAGGGCUGGCAAGCCCGCAAAGGACGCCUUUAUGGGGACGCCCCUCUUCAAAGCUCUCAUGUGUGCUGUCCGGCGAAGAUUUAAGGAGACCACAGUAACCGAUGUCAUGGAACUCACUGGCAAUUGGCUUAAGGAUGCACCAGGAAGGGAGAAGAAGAGGAGGAGCAGAUGUGAAAGCAGGGAAUCCCUCUUGCGGCAGUACGACGAAUCAUCGGAUUAAUGCGGACACAAAGGAUGGCUGUCAUCAUUGAUGGGGUGCUCUCCAUUAUUCUGUUCUGAGUAUCCUCAAUAAAACCAAACCGUAAAUUUUUCCCCCUUAUUUGUACGUCCUAUCAGCCUUCAUACUGGAAACAUCACCAUCACUAUUAUUUCUCAUUGAAGUUUUUAAAAGUUCUGUACAUUUACUGUAUGUUUGUACUGUUGAAAAGCCCCAAUUUGAAAGUAAUAUGUAAAAGGGAUAAAAAGACUCACAUCAACAAACCAAGUAUUUC